CUGGUGGGGUACACUUCUUCCCUUGUAAAUAGAUUAUUUUAAAAUAACGAAAUAUAUUUUAAAUAAGUGUCUUAAUGUAAACGCUGAAAUGAGUGAUGUUGUUGAAAAGACUCUCACGGCUCUUCCAAGUCUACUGUCGUUGGACACGCAGUCUGGAGCCGGAAAACUUUCUGCUACUUCGAAAUUGGGAAAUCUGAUCAGAAGCCUAACUGAAUUGACAUCCAAACAUGAGGAGGAAAAACUCAUUAAGAAAGAACUGGCUGCUAUAAAGGAACAGGUCUCCUCUCCAAACACGCCCUUGAGACAGAUGAAAGAAAUAAUGGUGAGAGCUGUGUACUGUGAAAUGCUUGGGUAUGAGGCCUCUUUCAGCUACAUUCAUGCCAUCAAAUUGGCACAGCAAGGAAGUGUUUUGGAGAAGAGAGUGGGGUACCUGGCUGUGUCAUUGUUUCUGAAUGAAAGCCAUGACCUUCUGCUCCUACUUGUGAACACAGUGUUGAAGGACUUGCAGAGCACAAACCUCAUAGAGGUGUGCAUGGCUUUGACUGUGGUCAGCCAGAUUUUUCCCAAAGACAUGAUACCUGCUGUUCUGCCAUUAGUGGAGGACAAGUUAACACACUCAAAGGAAAUAAUAAGGAGGAAAGCAGUGCUAGCUCUCUACAAGUUUUACCUGAUCGCGCCCAAUCAGGUUCAGCACAUCCAUGACAAGUUCCGGAAAGCUCUGUGUGACAAGGACCCUGGAGUCAUGACCGCCUCUCUGCACAUCUAUUUACAGAUGAUAAAGGAGAACCCAGACGGCUUCAAGGAACUGACGGGGAGCUUUGUGACCAUACUGAGGCAGGUGGUGGGAGGAAAGCUUCCUGUGGACUUCAAUUACCACAGCGUCCCUGCCCCUUGGCUGCAGAUCCAGCUGCUCAGGAUGCUGGCCUUCCUGGGAAAGGAGGAUCAGAGCACCAGUGAGAUGAUGUAUGAAGUCUUGGAUGAAUCCUUACGAAGAGCAGAAAUUAACCAUAAUAUCACUUAUGCCAUAUUGUAUGAGUGUGUGAAGACCAUCUACACAAUCCACCCAAAGUCCGAACUGCUGGAGAAAGCAGCCAAAUGCGUCGGGAAGUUCGUUUUGUCACCCAAAAUCAAUUUAAAAUACCUUGGACUUAAGGCCCUGACUUAUGUGGUCCAGCAGGACCCCAACCUUGCUCUGCAGCACCAGAUGACCAUCAUAGAGUGUCUGGACCAUCCCGACUCCAUCAUUAAGAGGGAGACUUUGGAGCUACUGUACAGGAUUACCAAUGGGCAGAAUGUGGCAGUGAUUGUGGAGAGGAUGCUGGAUUUUCUCAGGCUGGGCAAAGGCGAGCACACCACCAUUGACCUGGUGGGGAAAGUCGCUGAACUGGCUGAGAAAUAUGCCCCGGACAAUGGCUGGUUCAUCCAGACCAUGAACACUGUGUUCUUUCUUGGAGGGGAUAUGAUGCAGCCAGAAAUCCCAAACAACUUCCUCAGACUCCUGGCAGAAGGCUUUGACAAUGCGGAUGAGAACAGGCAGCUGAGGCUGUAUGCUGUGGACUCAUACCUGUCCCUGCUGCAGACGGAUGCCUCCAGCCUGCCCCAGCGUUUCCUGCAGGUCAUCAGCUGGGUUCUGGGGGAGUUCUCUUUCCUGAAAACAGGCCUGGAGCCCACUGUGGUCCUGGUGCACUUCGGCAGGCUGCUUGAGCAGGACCGCAUCACCACGGAAACCAAGAUCUGGAUCCUGUCAGCGAUGUGCAAACUAUGCAGGGGCGAGGCAUGCAUGGAGGAGGCAGCGCAGCGGUACAGCAGCUCCCUGAGCACAACACUGCGCCAGCAGGCCCUAGAGCUGCACACACUCAGUCAGAAUGAGGGCCUGAGGGCCAGUGUGCUGCCCAGAGAUGCCAGCUGGGAUGAGCUGGAGAUGGACUCCUCCUUGUCUUUCCUGGAUGGCUUUGUGUCGGAUGCUUUAGCCCAAGGUGCCGCCCCUUACAAGCCCCCCCACCAGAGACAGGAGGAGCUCUCCCAGGAGAAAGUGCUGAACUUUGAGCCAUAUGGCCUGUUACUGCCCGUCAGUCUGUCGGCUGGGAGCCUGACAGACAGACAGUCCCCCACAGGCCUGUCUCUGAGCUCCGGUCUCUCUGGCAACAGUGCUGAUCUGCCGCACAAAGGAGGCUCUAACACACUAAAGCUGGAGGGGGUAAGGCGGGUUUGGGGGAAGGAGGGAUACCUCCUUGAGAAAGAAGCAGAGGUGGAAACAGCAGUUGUGGUGCCCAGCCCCCUGGAGUCUUCCCGCCAGCAAGACGAUGCUGAGAGAGCCCCGCUAGAUGCGCCGGCCCUGGGCCCCACUGCUGAAUACGAGCAGGUGAAGCAGCAGCUGGCCUCGUCUCUGUUUGUGGGCCUGGGGCCACAGAAUGAGCCAUGUCUGAUGGGGAAAUCUGAUGCGCCGCUGCAGCGGUUCAGGAGGAAGAACAAAGCCCAAGAGCUUCCAGUGGACACCAGAAAGAAGCUCACAGACACUUACUCCUCACACAACACCGUAGAUAGCCUACUGGACAAGGACCUGCUAGACAGCCUCUCCAGCCCACAAGGGGAGGGACAGACGAGACCCCAGGAUACACCCCUGCACAGUGACCUCAAGGACACACUGAAAUCUCAGGCUGUUGACAGACUGUCCAGAGUAGAGGGGGAGUCUGAACUACUAGGGGGUGACAUGGAGCUUGAGCCUUUCUCUGAGCAGUCACACAGACAGGCAGAGCCCUUGGGCCUUGGCCUGAUGUCCCGGCUCCCCCUGGAACUGUGCGAGCUGGGCCACUCACAGAUCCUGAACCUCUCCUCUGACCACACCUUGUCCCUUUCAGUCUGCAAAGUCUACAGAGAGGAUGCUCUGGUGCUCGUCAUCUUCAUAUGCAACACCAGCAGCUCCCCUGUUGAUGAGAUAUCUGUGCAGCUGAGCUCAGAAGAACUGAAGGUUUUAGAUGGCCUGGAUGGGGCAUUGCCAGCACUUGAAAGUCACGGCAUGGAGACCUUCCGGUGCAGCAUGGUGAUGGAGACCCCCUUGGUCCAGUCGUCAGUGAGUGGGACAGUGACGUACCAUGCCUGCGCAGGGCUGGCCCAUGAGUUGCAGUUCUCGCUGGGACUAACCUUAGUAGACUUCAUCAGGCCCCUGCUGCUUUCCACAGAGGAUUAUGGCAAGCUGUGGCUGGCCUUUAACCAUGAUGUGAAGCAGAACCUCCAGCUGCUGGCUGAUCAAGAAGACUCUCUCUCAGCCACGCUGAACACCCUGACAGAAAAACUCCAGCUACACCUUGUGGAUAUUAUAGGUAUGGAGGGCAUCGUGGCCUGUCAACUGCUCCCGGGCCGCCCUUGCCUGCUGCACUGCCAUGCCCAUACAGGCUCCCUGGCAGUGUGGCUGCGCUCACCUGUGCCAGACCUACCCGACUGCCUGCUCUACCACUGCCAAAAGGCCCUGCGGGAGAGGUGAGCCAUAGCCAGGGUAACAGGAGUUCCCCCUCAUAGUCAUGUGGUAGGGAAGUAACCAUGAAGACCAUCCUGCGCGCUAUGAAAAUACGCGUGGAAGCUGUCAUGGAGAUUGCAUGCGCUUAACUAGGAAGGACUGACGGUUUAUGCCUGGCUCAUUCACAUGAUCUCAUGAAUAUCACACUGGUUAAUGUUAUGUUAUAAUCUGUCCAAUGUGUCUUUUUACUUUCUCCUCUCCUCUAUCGUAGUAUUUAUUUACUUAGCGGGUGCUCUUAGCGGAUCCAGCUCACAUUUCUACAUAUUCUUCCUUUAUACAGCUGGAUAUUUAGUUCACAUUAAGGCAGUGCAUGAGCUCUGCCCUUGGGUUUGAGCCUGUAACCUUCUGGUUGCCAGUCCGAGUCACAGAGCCUCAGCAUCAGCGUGGCCUCUUCACUGCACUGAGUAUUCAUUCUUUCAUUCAUUUAUUUUAAAAAUUGUAUUUAUUUGUAUUUAAUACUGAACGUCUGGGGAUAUUUUUUGCAUGUAUGUUUUGAAUGUUCAAAAAUGUCUUUGCCGCUUAACUGCAAAUACCUCUUAUCUCAGGAAAACAAGGCAGGAGCAUCCUGCUCCUACAUGACUGACACACGUUGUGUGUGCUUCAUGCGAGUAUCUGAAGAGCUGCGGCCUUCAACAUAAUUGCUCCACAGGUAUAAAUUUGGACUUAAUAGACCAUGGCAGGCUAUAAGAUACAGAUGAUCAAGUGCUCCAGCACCCCAUGUGUAAAAUUAACCAAUUUCUAUAUAGUUAUAAUUUAAAUAUUUCAUACAUGUUUGAUUCACAAAAUGUUAAAGGUUAACACAUUAACAUGGAUAAAAAGUUGAUAUUUGUUGGCAGUUGCAUCUCAUUUGGCAAGGUUAGCCUAGCAGGCUAUUUUAGAACAUGCUUCUUGGGCACAACAAAAACAUGCCCAUGGGCACAUCUUUGAGGGCCACUGCAACAGAGCAUGUUUGCAGUCUUAUGCUAAACCCUGGUGUACUUGUCGGUUGAGAAACCUGUCUGAUGUCAGAGGAAAAAUUCCAUGAGAGAACUGACCACCAUCUGGUCAGGACUAUUUGACUGGAAACACACACUCUAAACGGGUCUGGAAAACUCUGGUUUUCAUAUAAAAUGCCAGCAGUGAUAUAAAAUGACAGCCAAAUCAAUAUUGAGAAGUGAAACCAUGGCAAAUCUCUAAACAUAACCCUUAUGUAGCAUUACUGAGCAGAACCCCAUAAAACCAUCAGAUCUCUGGUUGGCUGUUUGAUUAAUCAUCAAAUUCACUUUAAAAAAACAAAAAACACUUUGUCAUGUGACCUGGUUGGUAGAUUUGUCCUUUGGAGAAUCUGGCUGAUUGACACACACAUACACACAGAUGAACUAUUUCCACAUGAAUCAAUUUCUUAAUGCAUGCUUCUGCAUUAAGAGCUCCACCAGCCUCAGUGGGCUUAACAAGUUUUAGGCUCAGAAUUUCAUAUGAAGCAUGUACCCUUGUUUUCUGAUGGGCUGCUACUUGUCCCGGGUGAACUGCCUGAUUAUUUUGGUGCUGGACGUUCAGUUUCAAAAUGUAAUCGUUGGUCACUUGGUUACUCUCCUAAGCAAUUUAUGCAGUCAGUCUGGCAAUUUAAACACAAACUAAUGUUUGCUCGGGUAAGUUAAGUCAGUUGAUCAUCACCAACCGUAACCUGAGUGGCAUUCUUUGUGAAGCACUGUGGUCCGUUGGCUUCCAGCAUCUGAUCCCUUGUAGUAUUUCAACUGACCAAACAUUUGAACAUUUCCCAUUAUCACUUGAUUAAACUGCUGCUUUGUUCUCAAAGUCUUAAGCGCAUGUUUCAAAAGGGUCAGCAUUUUUAAACAAUGUACAACCUACAAAUCUCCUGUUGCCUGAAGAAUCACUGAUGUUGAUGUUUGAGUUGAAUAUGGUGUACUUGGGAGAUCAGAGUCACUCUUUUGCACCAUUGUGUUUUUUGGGGCAAAAUGUCAAAAUGUAUGCUUAUGACUGCUUGAAAUGUAAAUAUUAUCUCAAGCCCCACACUUGGUAUCACAGGACCUUUAAAGUAGCCAGCAAAUCUCCCAGCCUCAGUUUUUGCAUUUUAAUACAAUGAUGUAAGUAAAUGUUCAGAAUGAAUUCCUUGUGCACCGGGUCUCUCUGACACUGUCAGUUAUUGCCAAAAGCACUUUGGUGGAGAAUGAUAUUAAUGGAACUGAACAACACAUCCUAACACUAAAAAAGGUAACCAAAGGCCUUAUGUCUCUGUGUUAUGUUGGCACGUUUAUUCGCAAAGCGAAAAAUGGA